CUUAACGACGGAUUCGAUAACAUAGGUCCAUUCUCAUUUCCUGUCUUCAAUUUUGAUAUGACCAAAGCAUUGGUGCUGCAAUAAAGAGGUUGCUACUAGGAGUUAUUGUCAUGGAUUUUCCUCAGUUCCAUGAAGUUGAACAACUUACAAGGGACGCAAGAGAAAACAAGUGAUCGUGUGGUAAUUGACAUAAAAGUGUAUCGGUGUGCCCCAGCAGGUACUUUGUAGUGGAGCCAUCAGGCUAUGGCCAACCUGAACUUUGAGCAACCACCACGCAGUAUUGCGAACGCAAGCCUUACAUCGCGUGCGGGUGGUGGGGGGGGCUUAAAUUCGUCGACCCUGACGGGUCAUGUCACGCCUACCUCGGGCAUGUUCUCAGGCUCGUCGACAAGCACUUCAAGUUCAGCCAAUUCUGCAAUAGUAGUUACUAACGUUUAUCCUGGAGCAUCGGGGGCUGGGGGUGGACAGAAUAAUCAUCAACCUCAACAGCAACAGCUCUCUCCUAUGAGCAGUAGAGGACUGUUUGGGCAGAGAGCUUUUACAGAUAGACGUACGAUGCCUGCUCUUGGAACAUCGAAUCCAAUGGGUAGCAUGGGCACUUUUGGAAUACCGCAAAGUCGUAAUUACGGAUCUCAAGGACAAAUUAAUAAUUUCCACUCUGUUUUUGGCAGUGGAGGAGGCGGAGAUACAAGUACUCCUCCAUUGUUGGAUCUGUCUGAGUUUCCUUCAUUAACGAACAGAGGACAGGGUGACUCUAUGCCACAACCUAGUCCCAUGCCAGGGAAACAACCUUAUGUUGGAAUGGUAAAACAACCAACGUCUGAAUCGAGUGAAUUUACUAUGAGUUCUGAAGAUUUCCCAGCAUUACCAGGAACACAGAAUAGAGAAGGACCGUCACCAGGUGGGAGCGUGUCUGGAGACAAGAAUGUACCUGUUGGACUCGGUCCUGAAAUUGGGCAAGAAGUACUGCAAGCAAAUAGAGCGCAUGGAUCUGAUAUGUCCCAAUCGUCUAAAAGAGGCAUACAAACAUCUCCUGAUGGGAAAGUAACCAAUAUACCAGCAAGUAUGGUAAAAGAUCAGUUUGGAAUGAUUGGGCUUUUAACAUUUAUUAGGGCAGCUGAAACAGAUCCCAAUUUAGUAUCAUUGGCAUUAGGCCAAGAUCUAACCGCGUUAGGAUUAAAUCUUAAUUCGCCUGAAAAUCUUUACCAAAACUUUGGUGGCCCUUGGGCAGAAACACCGUGCCGACCUCAGGAUAUUGAUUUUCACGUGCCGCCAGAAUAUCUUAUUAAUGCCGCGAUCAGAGAUAAACUAGCGCCAGUUAAAUUAAAUCGGUAUAAGGAAGAUCUACUAUUUUAUAUGUUUUAUACAAAUGUUGGGGAUGUCCUGCAAUUGGCAGCGGCAGCGGAGUUGUAUAGUAGAGAAUGGCGAUAUCAUAUGGAAGAAAAAGUAUGGAUAACGCAAGCGCCAGGAUUGGGACAUGUAGAAAAAACAUCAACAUACGAACGUGGUACUUAUUAUUAUUUUGAUGCGCAAAGUUGGAGAAAAGUAGCAAAGGAAUUUCGUUUGGAUUAUACAAAACUAGAAAGUAGACCUCAUCUUCCCACGAACUUUCACCCAACCCAGCCUUGACUACAGAUCUGCUUGCAGACUAUUGUGCUGUCUUUAAGCUGGACAGGAAACAGCUAUUGUAUAAAUGAACAAAUGUAAUAAUCUUUAAUAAAAACAUAAAAUUU